AAUUUUCUGCCUAACAAAUCUCUUAUUUCCCGUUUUUUUUUUUUAUGGAGAUUUCAUGUGGGUUUACUGAGAAGUGAGUGAUAACUGAUGACUUACUUCUCUUAUCGCCUCCAUUUGCAGCAGAGCUGAUGCAAAUGGGGUUUUCUGAUUUGGCUUGAAGAUUGAGACAGAGAAGCCAUGGAUCUUGAGCACGGGAAGUGUUGGGAUACUUCCAAGAAGGAUUCUUGGAAAACGGUUCUAAUCUUGGCAUAUCAAAGCCUCGGCGUCGUCUAUGGCGAUUUGAGCAUCUCCCCCCUCUACGUCUACAGAAGCACUUUCGCCGAAGACAUCCAGCAUUCGGAAACCAACGAAGAAAUCUAUGGGGUUCUUUCCUUCGUCUUCUGGACUCUCACUAUAGUCCCCCUUUUCAAAUACGUCUUCGUGGUCCUUAGAGCUGAUGACAAUGGUGAAGGUGGGACUUUUGCUCUGUACUCGUUAAUUUGCAGACAUGCCAAAGUAAGCCUUCUACCGAACAGGCAAGUUGCAGACGAAGCUCUGUCCACUUACUUGCUGGAACAUCCGCCGGAGAAGAAGAAGCAAUCGAGGGUUAAAUUGCUGCUCGAGAAGCACAGGGCUCUGCACACUGCCUUGUUGAUUCUGGUUCUUCUUGGGACUUGUAUGGUCAUUGGAGAUGGGCUGCUUACUCCUGCCAUUUCUGUUUUCUCAGCAGUUUCUGGCCUUGAGUUAUCCAUGACCAAAGCUCACCAUCAGUAUGCCGUGGUUCCGAUCACUUGCUUUAUCCUGGUUUGUCUAUUUGCACUUCAACACUACGGCACACAUCGAGUCGGCUUCGUCUUUGCUCCUGUUGUAUUGACAUGGUUACUCUGCAUCAGUACUCUUGGCAUAUACAAUAUUAUACGCUGGAAUCCACAUGUUUAUCAGGCUCUUUCUCCGUAUUACAUGUUCAAGUUUCUGGAGAAGACGAGGAAGAGUGGUUGGAUGUCGUUGGGCGGUAUAUUGUUGUGCAUAACAGGCUCAGAAGCAAUGUUUGCUGAUCUUGGCCACUUCUCAUACACUGCAAUACAGAUUGCUUUCACCUUUCUGGUGUAUCCAGCGCUUAUAUUGGCAUACAUGGGCCAAGCUGCUUACUUAUCACAACAUCAUAAUACCACCAACAACAUUGGCUUCUAUGUUUCUGUUCCAGAGAGUGUGAGAUGGCCGGUGCUUACGAUCGCUAUACUUGCUUCGGUUGUGGGAAGCCAAGCGAUCAUCAGUGGAACAUUCUCCAUUAUUAAUCAGAGCCAGUCCCUUGGGUGCUUUCCUAGAGUGAAGGUUGUUCACACCUCUGAUAAGAUCCAUGGCCAGAUCUACAUCCCAGAGAUCAAUUGGGUACUAAUGAUUCUCUGCGUUGCCGUGACCAUUGGAUUCAGAGACAUAAAACACCUUGGAAAUGCAUCAGGUCUAGCUGUUAUGACUGUGAUGCUUGUGACAACCUGCCUUACUUCUUUGGUGAUUGUCCUCUGUUGGAACAAAUCUCCUCUUUUUGCGCUCUCCUUUUUGGUCUUCUUUGGGUCUGUUGAAUUGCUCUACUUCUCAGCUUCACUAACCAAGUUCAGGGAAGGUGCUUGGCUCCCAAUUCUCCUAGCUCUCUUCCUCAUGACCAUCAUGUUUGUUUGGCACUAUGCAACCAUUAAGAAGUAUGAAUUUGAUCUUCACAACAAGGUUUCAUUAGAGUGGUUGCUAGCAUUGGGGCCGAGCCUUGGGAUCGCCCGUGUCCCCGGCAUUGGUUUAGUUUUUACUGAUCUCACCUCUGGCAUCCCUGCCAACUUCUCCCGCUUCGUCACCAACCUCCCAGCAUUCCAUCGCAUCAUCGUCUUUGUGUGUAUAAAGUCGGUACCGGUUCCUUUUGUACCUCCGGCUGAGCGGUAUCUCGUAGGACGAGUUGGCCCAGCCACGCAUCGGUCGUACCGGUGCAUUGUUCGAUAUGGCUACCGUGAUGUUCACCAGGAUGUGGAUUCAUUCGAGUCUGAAUUAGUUAAGAAACUGGCAGAUUUCAUCCGCUAUGACUGGUACAGGAAGCAACGAGGCAACUCUUGCAGUGAGGAUGAUGCAUCGCGAUCAAAUGAAUCAACGAGUGAGCGCAGGUUGGCUGUGAUUGGAACAGUGGUAUUUGCAGGC